CCUUAGGGUUAGACCCUUGUGGUACGCUGCCAGACAACCACACACACUACAUAAGCCUCUGGUUUCAGCCCUCCUAUUACAACCCCAUCAACGCAGCAAUCGAUCUACCAAUCAGUCAAUCAAAGCAGAACAAUGUACUCAAUCAACGCCGUACGAGCCCUGGUGCAAACAUACCACACGGGCGCGAACAUCUUCGUGAAGGGCUGGGAGCGCACAUCGAAGGUCCCAAGCCUUAGAAAGAUCACCAUUAAGGAGGUGAAGCUAGGUGACGACGGACACAACGGCGCCGUCGUCCUUGUCGUGUCCACCGAUCCCCCGAGCGUCGUUGACGCCAUCUGCAAAGUCUACGACGACGCGUUCACUCCAAACCGCACCAGCAGCUGGGAAGAAGCUCCACCAACCCCAACUGAGGCCUUCGAGAAGGAGAAGGAAGCGUACAAGAAACUCAGCAAGAAGUCCAGCCUCCCCUGCGGCAUUACCCCAGAAUACUACGGCUGCGGAAAGAUCCAGGUAGACGGCGAAUACCGACCCAUGAUCCUCCUCGAGCACGUCCGCGGAAAGCCGCUCCACCAUGUCAACCCAAGGGCCGAACUCUCCGCCGAGCAGCGCCAGGAAAUCAUGCGCAAGAUCGUCGAGGCCGACAGCGACAUCCUGUUCGGCGCGAACGUGCGCCACGACGACCUCGCGCCGCGCAACAUCGUCGUCGAGACCGAGCCCGUGACGGAUGGGAACGCGAACGCGAACGCGACGCAGAAGAUCAAGAGCGACCCGCGCGUCUGCCUCGUCGACUUCGCGCAGUCGACGUGCUUCACCAAGAACAUGGGGACGGACUAUAAGAACCCGCUGUUCCGCUGGACGAUGUGCGUAGCGCCGUGGACGGACUGGGGCUGGCUGGCGGACAGCGAGGAGGAGGGGAAGCAGUGGAUGUGGGAGACGUGGGGGGAGGGGGGGAAGGACGGGAAGUAUCCGCGCGUGGUCAAGGGGGUUUUCCGCGGGCAGCCGGAGCCGGUGCUGAGUUCGGAGGGGGAGUAGUGCUGGCUCUGGUACUUGUCCUGACGGGGAGGGGGGAGUGUGGAGCUCCGUGGGAGGGUUUCAGGGAGAAAAGGAGCUCUGUAUUGAGAAGUAGGGGCGCCAGAGGGCCCUAUAUAUAUAC